AUGGGCAUUGUGGCAAGCUUGGAAAGUGCAAGCGAGACGACGAAGAAUCAGUUUGCGGCGGAGUAUAUGUUUGUGCCGGAAGGGACUCGUGGAGUGCGGACCGUCUUUGAAUACUUUGCCCGGCUUAUUAAUGGAGUACGAUCAGUGGCGCCCCCAAGCGAUGCCGAACCCGAGGCAGUGGCUGCGCACAAAGUGAGGAGUGCGUUUCUCAUAGCGCUGCUGGAUGCCACCUCUGAGCGCCUCAGGGGCAUCGAUGAGCGCUCCUCUAUGGUGCCAGAAUUUUGGGAAUACAGCGCUCCUCUGGACGAAGACGCGAAGACCAAGAUCCCGUACUUACCAAGCUCGAAAGACGAUCGGCAGAGCAGCGGGGAAUCGUCGGACGUGCCGGCUUCAGCUGACGCGGGAGCAGCGACAGAAGAUGGAGUGCAGUUCUCCGUCUUCUUGAAAAGGCUCAACACGCAUGUAGAAGACUUGUCAGACCAAAUAAGUGAGGCUGAGGAGAAGGAGGCCAAAAGCAAAGUGCCAGCGGACGUCAAAAGAGAAUUGGCGCUAAGGUUUGCGGACUUGCUGGGUGCGGCCAGGACGCGGCUGGAAGAGGACAGUGAGCGGCGGGAAGGCGACGGCGAGUCGAUAUAUGGAGAAACCGGAGCCAGCGCCUACGCCGGGGAGUUGGCGCGCCGGGCCCAGACCCAGACAGAGUGCGUGCUGGAGGAAGCAACGCGCUACCUCGUCGACCUUGAGGCCGAGUUGAGCAAUGAACGACAAUCCGGCUACCAUGAUCGUUCCUUUGUAAACGAGGUUGCGGACUACUGGAAGGGUGCAGAGGUGGAGAAAGCAUGGAAAAGCAUCACGGAGGAGGAAAGGGAAAAACGCGCAGUGGCGCAACGCAUCAAGCUCUCUGCUCUUCGCGCAGUGCAAGAUGCGGUGCAAGAAUGUGCUUCAAGAAAAGAAUACGUUGACGCGUUGCUCUUGCAGGCAGCCAUCGCGUUGCUCUAG